AAAACAUAGGGCAGAAACAAAGGGGAGAGAGUGAGAGAGGGGAAAAAAAGAAAGGGGGAAAGGCUUUGAGUCCCCAAAGAUGUCAGAGAAACUGAAAAAAGGUUAGGAAAGAUACUCCCAAGCCCCUCUCUCUCUCUCUCUCUCUCUCUCUCUCUGGUCUUCUUCUUCUGCUGCUGCUUCUGCGUCAUCGUCUUCUUCGAUGAAUCCUCACAAAACAGAAGAAGAUCAUCUCUUCAAUCCCCAUGAUCUUGACCCGCAAGCCCAUAUCAUGGACCCCACCCAUCUCCACACCCAAUCCUCCCCCUCUUCCUCGUUCUCUCUCCCUCCGAUCUCCGAAAUCGUGCUAUUUCGGGAUGAUGAUGAGAACGAUGACUCGCCGAUGAGUCACAGCGAGUCCGACCCGGAAAACGACGGCGGCGGGGGAGGCGGCGCGGCCGACAAGCAGGCGCAUCUUGCCCCGGCGUACAUUAGUCCCGAGCCCCACAUCUCCAACCAAUUCUACACCUUUAACAGCGAGUCGCAUGCCCUAAUGAUCCGGUGUAUUUUGGAGGGCCGCCUGGCGUCGCCGGACGAGAUCCGCGCAGCUACUCCCCGGGCCGUCCUAAAGAGCUGGCGCGCCGUGUGGAAGGAUCGGAACGAAGACACGGCUUACCUCACGGCUUGGAAGCGCAUCCAGGAUAAGCUGACGGCGCGAGUCGACGCCGCUACUGGUAACCAAUUCUUGUGUUUCAAGAACAAUUCGCAGCAAUUCGUUUCGCAUAUCAAUCAAUGGCAAGACAUUGUGAUGAGUUUUCACGGAGAUGCCGAUUUGAAGCACCUAGCGGUUAAAGAAACCAUAGAGAGAAUUAAACAAGUCUGGACUGUGGGUGCUAAAUUCUAUGGAAUUCCCGAAUCCUUCAUUAGGGUUUGUGUGGCUGCGUGCCCAGUUUGCUCGGGCUCGUCCGGGUCAGCACCGAGGAGUAAACGGCGCCGUUUUGAGUAUACCGAGUCCUUUGAUGUGCCUGCGAAGGAGGUCCCCUCUAGGCUGCAGCAAUUGGCAGCGAAGCAUAAGGUUGUGCUUUGUAUUAGGCAGAAGUAUAUUAGGUAUAAGCCGUUUAUGGCAGAGGUUAAGGAUUAUGCUUGUCAUAGGGCGGGCGAGCCAGCUGCGAAGAAGUCAAGGAUUUUGAAGAGGGAGCCAUAUGCCUCAAAGAGAUGUGGGUGUGGGUUUCGAAUUAGGGCAAUUGUGCCCAUUGCAAAUUAUAAUGAGAAGGAUAAGACUUUUGUGUAUCAGGAGGAGGGGAUGGCAGUGUUUAAGUUGUAUGCAGUGCAUUCAGGGCAUGAGCCAGGGCCAUUGGAUGGGAAUGCACGAAUAAUGCAUCGGGUUGUUGGGCAUAAAGGGGGGUAUCUGAUGGAUCAGGAGAUGGUCUAUGGGAUGGCUGAAGAUGGGGAAAACGAGGGGUUUGGGUUGAUUGGGAAGGAGGACGGGGAUUUUCAGCUCUCAGUGUUGCAGCAGUUGCAGGAAUUGAGGGCUGAAGUUGGGUUAUUGGAAGGGAGAAUUGGGAAAAUCCCACGUGAGUUGUUGGGUUCAGUGUCUCGAGAGCUGUAUGAUAUUGUGAAUAAAGUUAGAAGUAUAGGAGAAGAUGGGUCGAAGGCAAUUGGAUUGCUUGCUGAUAAGCCACAUUCAGACGAUGUGUUGGUGGGGGACAGUGAAUUGGCACAUUGGAGCAAUCACCAUCACGAAAGGAUAUAUGGGAAUGGUAAGGAGACAGAGUUGAUUGAAGAAGAUGAAGACAGUUUCGGGCGAACGCUCGGGGAUGUUGCAACCUGGGAUCAGAUCCGAACAGACUGUAGGAGUGAGAAAGAUCUGAUGAGUGAGACCUGUAAGCCUGAAAAGUGGUUGAAAUGCAGUGAGUUCGAUGAGAAGAGCAUUCUUGACUGUGAAGAUACUAAACUAACCAAGCCCAUAAGGCAUGAUGAGACUAUAGUGACUGAUGUAGGUCUUGUUGGUAUACAGGUAGACAGUUUCUACUCAGAGAAUUCGAAAUGGUAUGAUUCUCCCUGUGGGUUGGACCCUGGUGCAGAUUGCGGAGAUAAUGGAUUCAGGAAUGGGGGGAUCGUGUAGAGUCUUAUAGAGCUGGGCUGACCCACUCUAACAUAGUUAUGAGUUUAUAAUGUGCCAUUUUGUUCUUUCUCAUAGUUGGUAGUGGGUUGUACAUUUAUGUAUACAGAAAAAUGGAGCCUCUCACAUGCUUUUAGGUAUCUUUUGUGCGUGUGGUUCUGUAAAGUAUACCCAUUGGGCUUCCCUGCACAUACCUUACUUGACAGCUAUUUGUUGACCAUGUUCUAGACCUCGAAAAUUUUUAUCUUUGUUCUUCCUAUAAGGCAUAUCAGUGACUGUUCCUUUCCUUUUCCGUUUUCUUUCUAUUCUAUGAAGAUCUUGUAUUGAUUA